AUGAGCGCGUACCUGCACGGGUACGACGGCUACUAUCCGCAUUCUCAUUUCCGACAGCCACUAUCUGCUGGACCACUAGCGUCCUACGACUAUGAGGACGACGAUUUUUCCGACUUUGACGUCGUUGAACGGGAUAUCGAUGCAGAAAUCGAGGCAAGACUGCGGCAUGAGCAGCCACGUGCACGUCACCCUCCUCCGCCGCCACCAGCACCCCGCACAGUCUCCCAACGAAUGCUGCAAUCACUGCAGCAACACCGCGCGCAGAAUCGAAAUGCUGCUGCUUUGUUGCCGCCACGUCGACGCUCACUGACAGACACAUUCGACACGCCUCUGUCCUCGCGCUCGGGAGGAUCCUCGUGUACCGACCGACUCGAAGCUCGAAUCUCUAAAAGUUUCUUGGCGAGACGAGACAGCGGACCCGGACUUGCUGCUGUUGUUGAAGGACAAGAUGUAUCGAUGCUGUAUUCCGGAAGAAGAACGUAUCCGGCAGAGUCACUCAGGACGACCGAGCACGCUAGAAUGUCGUAUAACAGGAUGACACCGCAGGAGACCAGGAUGAAGGAGAUUCUGGAGAAGGAGCGAGCUACGAGGGUGUUCAGAACGCAGAUGUCGAACCAUGAGGUGUCAUUUCAAGCGAAAAAGGAUAAUGGAGUCAGGUUCCACUUCAGAAGAGGAUCGUCUGUGGACAACGAUGUGUUGAACGGACAGAUGGGCAGAUUGGCGUUAACGGACGGAAGAUCGGAUGCGGGCGCAGAGACAUCGUUGGUGAGAGCACAACUUGCGAAGCGUGUGACGGAUCCGGAGUACACGGCGUUGGCCUCGCAACUGGCUGAGAUCGAAACACUCGUUGAUGGAAUCGAGAGCUACAUGAAGACCCCUUCGUUCUCAACAUUGGCUAUGCGUGUGCUAAAGGAAUUGGAGCUGCUGACUAGCACAACGCAGCAGAUCCGUACGAACGGAACGACGUUGAUUUUGGCAAAUGUGGGAAAGCACCAGAAGGCCGACUUCACGCAGGCACUUCGACGUCUGGUGGCUCGAGCGGCUUCUGCUCAGAAGCGCAUCGGCGCUCUGAUGCACGUGGUCAAGAAGCUUGUGGUAUAA